AGCCGGCGAACCUUUGUCGAUCUCAGCAAGGCAAAGAUGAUUUCACCUGAAGGCACCAGCAAACCUUUCUCCGGCAGAGCAGAUGGCAGAGGAGAGGGUUGUGGGGUUCUUCAACUGAAGCCACUGAAACAAGUGAGCGCUAAUGAUUUAUUCAAUUUGCACUCAUUGCAUGUACAGUUAAAACAUAUUCAAACUGGGCAAACAUUUAGCCAAUCUGGCCACACAACGUGUCUGGGAUUAUUUGAUGCAUUGAAUUAACUUUAAAACUUUCAUUUAGUCAACGAACUUCUAGAGAAUAUGACUAAUAUAUGACGUACUGAAUAUUGACCAUCCCUUAUCACCAAUUUAUAUUAGAGUGCAUUAGACAAGCUCUUAUUCCUACAUGACUCACCAAGAGUAAUUAAGGGUGGAGCCCAACAGUUCCAUGUAGUAAAACAUUGGCACAGACACUGGUCCAGGGGUGGACUGGCCAUCUAGCAUUUCGGGCAAAUGCCAGAAGGGCUGGUCCAUUUUUUGCCUAGUGGGCCUGUCUAACUCGUUUUUUUUUAUUGGGGGGGGGGGGGCUUGCACAAAAUGAUCAUUAUCUGGCUAAUAAUGAGGGCCUCAAAUUAAAAAAUGUUUUGCCGGUGUUGGGGCCUCAAGGUGAAAAAUUGGCUAUUCUUUUAAAAAUGGGUAAGUGCUAAACAGAGUCCUUGGGACAUCGAACUCUGACGUCACUCCAUUGAGGGUUGACAUUUUAAACGGUUAAGGUACGGUUUAAGGUUAGAGAUGUCCCAAGGGUCUCAGAUAGCAUCUGCCAUUAGAAAUGCCAGGGCCUAUUUAUGGUCCCAGUCCACUGGUCUAUCAAACAUGACAUCAACAGUUCUGUUGAAUUUCAAAUAUUUUUACAGGCCUUGAAAGACUGUGACCACGUAUGGGGCAUCAUAAGCAACACUGGUUGUAAACCAAGAUGGCCACACAGUCUCUCCAAUCACCAAGCCCCAUCCAUGGUCCAGCAAGGAGAUCUUCUGCGCUGA